UACUAGCUUACAAAGUCAAGCUUAAACGGAAACAUGAAAUUCAUAAUAUUGAUUGCUUUGCUUUGCACCAUAUUGGCGACUAUAUUGUCCACAACAAAUGCACAAAUGCCUGGUGGCGGUAAGAGUCUAACCGGUCGCUUCCGUCGCGCGGCACAAGGCGGGGGCGGUGGCGGUGGUGCCGGAGGUGGCGCAAGUGCUGGAAUGGGAUUUGGUAUGGGUGCUAAUAUGGGCGGAGGAGCACAGGGAAGUGGACAGGGUGGUCAUUAAUGCAGCAUAUUGUUAUAUAUUUUAUGCAAUUUGUAGUUGUAAAAAGCAAUAAAACAGAGCAGCGCAGAAACAAU